CAAUUGCGGACAUGUGCUCAAGGAAUCAGACAACUGUAGGUGGCGGUGCAUGAUUGUUCUUCUGUUGGCAUGGACCCCAAUGGACCAUCAAGUACUCCAGGGCUGCCUUCGCCUGGCGAUCUGAUUGCGCAGCAACGGAAAGAUGCCAUCCAAGCAGCGGGGCAGCCUACAGGCGACGGAGGCCUUCUCUCCCAGCUAACCAACAAUCCUUUCUUCACCGCAGGAUUUGGUCUUGCCGGUCUGGGGGCCGGAGUCAGUCUAGCACAAAAAGGCUUCCGCCAUGGCGCCGCUCUCCUCCGUCGGCGCAUGCUUGUCGACGUCGAAAUCAGCAUCAAGGACGACUCCUACCCGUGGUUCCUUCACUGGAUGACACUAUACCAACAAUCGCAGCUUAAUACGGCCCGCUCCGCUGCCAGCAGGUCUGGUUUCAUGGAGUCCAUACUACAGAGGCUGACCCCCGGGAUGCGCCACCUCUCGAUUCAAACGCAGAAAGUCGAGCACAGCAAUGGGGCGAUACAUACACAUUUCGCGCUGGUACCUGGACCCGGAAGGCAUGUUUUGCGCUACAAGAACGCGUUCAUCUUCGUCAACCGGAUGCGAGAGUCCAAGUCCCAGGACCUACACACGGGCCGGCCGUGGGAGACCAUCACUCUGACUACGCUUUAUUCGCAUCGACAUGUGUUCGAGGACCUCUUCACUGAAGCGCAUGCGUAUGCGGCCAAAUCUCACGAAGGCAAGACAUCUAUCUACAAUAGCUGGGGCACCGAAUGGAAGCUUUUUGGACAGCCGCGCCGGAAGCGUCCGUUGGAGUCGGUGGUUCUCGACGAAGGAGUCAAGGAGCGAAUUGUCGAGGAUGUGCAGGACUUCGUGGGCAGUGGCAAAUGGUAUCACGACCGAGGUAUCCCCUACCGCCGCGGUUAUCUCCUCUACGGGCCCCCGGGAACGGGUAAGAGUUCGUUCAUCCAAGCCUUGGCGGGCGAAUUGGACUACGAUAUUGCCAUCUUGAACCUCAGCGAACGGGGACUGACGGAUGAUCGGCUGAAUCACCUUCUGACAAUUGUUCCGAACCGAACCCUGGUUUUGCUCGAGGAUGUAGAUGCUGCGUUCUCGAAUCGCCGGACUCAAACGGACGAGGACGGUUAUCGUGGAGCCAAUGUUACAUUCUCGGGUCUUCUGAAUGCUCUGGAUGGCGUUGCAAGCGCCGAGGAACGGAUUAUCUUCCUCACCACCAACCACGUCGAACGACUUGACGAGGCGCUAGUCCGACCGGGUCGCGUGGACAUGACGGUGCGUCUGGGCGAAGUGACUCGCUAUCAAGUCGGCUGUCUCUGGGACCGGUUCUACGGAGAGCUUGACCCGAGUGGCACCAAUCGACAGGUCUUCCUCGACCGGCUACAAGAAUUAGGGCUGAUCGAGGACGAGAACGGCGUCAAGGCCGAUCGGACGAAGAGCACCAGCGCUGCUGCUUUACAGGGCUUGUUCUUGUACAACAAGGGCAACAUGGAGGGAGCGAUUGCUAUGGCCGAGGGGCUGACAUUCCGUGUUCAUGAUGAGGGUAUGUAGUAUGAGCGAUUAGACUGUAUGAUAGACUGUGCCAUGUAUAUUAGUUGAGUGCCGGGACAUGUGAAAUAUGGCCAAUGACAUAGCAUAACAAUUUUUACUCAAGAUGCUGUGCGAUCUCAAGUGAGACAGCUACCCUGUUAUCUCU